AUGCCUCCUGCAGCCAAGCAUCAAUAUUGUGUCGGAUCUGCAGGGUUUGAACCUUCCGCCGUGGCCGGCGAUGAUGCCCUGCAGACCCAAAUCGAUAAGCUAUUGAAAAAUGAUGACCUUCUCGGUGCCAACCGUGUGUUGUUCAAGCUCCCGAAUGGUGACGACUACAUCUACCAUGCAAAUGCAAGCGUAAGCCUGGCCCAAGUACAACACAUCGUACAGCUCGGGGGCAUCAACGGAUUGCACGAUUGGUAUAAAUUGACUGACGGGACGCCGAGGAAUCCACCGCCGCAAUCGGAUAUAGAUACCUAUGUAUCUAUAUUCAGCCACAAGACUGCGACUCUUUCUGCACUGAAGAACUUCAAGACGAACGCCAAGAAAGACUCUAUCAGAGCAGAGUGUGCUACCUACAUCGCCGACAAAAGAUACAUACACGCAGCUCUUGAAUCGAAGCUAACGAUACCCAAAACUAAGUCGCCGUCAAUAUACAACCCGUAUUAUCAGUUUUGGGAGUGGUCUUGUCGCUCAUUAGAGUGGUGCGGCCCGUGUGCAUCCUCUGAAAGAGUAGUCACAAGUCACCACGUGUUGCCGAUUUUCAUGCAUCAUUUCGGAUGCGCUACGCCCUCACACGAGAGUUUGCAGAUGCUAAAAAUCUUGGCAGACGGCCGUGAUGUCGCAGAUAUAGGCUCCGGAAACGGCUACUGGAGUUAUAUGCUGAGAGCGUACGGUCUAAGGUCGCAUCCAGUAGAUAACAUGCAAAGCGCGUGGCGGGUAUCCUGGGUCGACGACACGGUGAUAUCAGACGGUGUCAAGUGGCUCAAGCAACACGAGAAUGGCAAGCAAAUGGUCCUGUUACUGGUCUAUCCCGUGGUUGGAGGGGGCACCGGCGGCGGUACUGAAGGCGCCUUCACGAAGGGCUUGGUCAAUGCGUAUGGUGGCGAUACAAUAGCUGUGGUCGGAACACAAAACAGGAAUGGGUAUACUGGGUUCAAGGACAAGACCAUGGCUGAAUACAUGGAGAGGGAACAGCCACGCUGGACAAAAGUUGUCCAGAUAGCGCUCCCGAGCUUCUGCGGCAAAGAUGAGGCGCUAUUUGUGUACCAGAGAGGCGAUCGUGCCGUAAACCUAGGCGCAGGAUCCGGCCAGUAG